CUAUCCAUGUUGCUUGCCAUUCUCAAACCUCCGACCCCGCAGGCCGGGUAGUCGUGGGGUGACGUCGCCGAGAGGUUAUAAAGGAUGGGAUUGCCGGGUUUCUGGACGGGUUUUGAGAGACACUCGCAUGAGAGCCUGGAUUCAGACACCUUGCCAGAGCAACACCAUCACCAAACAUGGCCCCUUCCGCAGUUGAAGUCGAAACCACUACGGUCCCAAAUCUGGCCACUUUGAAGCUCCAAGCCGCCGGCCCGUAUAAGGAGCUGGCCGCGACAAAGUAUGACGCAGAUGGCGAAGCAGGAUUGAAGGGCCAUGAGGCAGCCAAGUACCCCCAUUACCUCCCAACCUGGGACCGCACGCAAAAGUACCCACCACUCGAGCCCUUCGAGCACAAGGAACACGGCAAAGACGCCGACCCGUCGUACCCGAACCUGCUACCAGACGGAGCCGUGACGGUGACGAACCUCACGCCGACCAUCGGCACCGAGGUCCGGGGCAUCCAGCUGUCGACGCUCACGGCGGCCGGCAAGGACGAGCUGGCGCGAUUCGUGGCCGAGCGCAAGGUGGUCGCUUUCCGCGACCAGGACUUUGCCGACCUCCCCAUCGACGAGGCCCUCAAUUACGGGUCAUACUUUGGCCGCCACCACAUCCACCCGACCUCGGGCGCACCAGCAGGCUACCCGGAGAUCCACCUGGUGCACCGGGGCGCGGGGGACCGGAGCGCGGAGGCCUUCUUCGCGAAGCGAACAUCAUCGGUAGCGUGGCACUCGGACGUGUCGUACGAGCGGCAGCCACCCGGGACGACGUUCCUGUACGUGCUGGACCGGCCGGCGACGGGCGGCGACACGCUCUUCGCCGACGCCGCCGAGGCCUACCGCCGCCUCAGCCCCCUCUUCCGCCAGCGCCUGCACGGCCUGCGCGCCACCCACUCCGCCGCCGAGCAGGCCGCCUCCAGCCUCGCCCGUGGUGGCGUCCAGCGCCGCGAGCCCGUCAUCAAUGAGCACCCCCUCGUCCGCACACACCCUGUCACGGGUGAGAAGGCAAUCUACGUUAACCCGCAGUUCACGCGCGACAUCGUGGGCCUGAAGAAGGAGGAGUCGGACGCGAUCCUCAAGUUCCUGUACGACCACCUCGCGUACGGGGCCGACUUCCAUGCGCGGGUCAAGUGGGAGCCGCGCACGGUGGUGGUGUGGGAUAAUCGCGUCACGCAGCACUCGGCGCUGGUGGACUGGAGCGACGGGCAGCGCCGCCACCUGGCGCGCAUCACGCCGCAGGCCGAGAGGCCGUUCGAGACGCCGUUUGAGGGUUGAUUGGUCGGGGUUGGUUUGAUUUGGGAUGGGUUU